AGUUAUCCGCAUGUCUUGCUUUCGCUAUGCAAGCAGGUGGGAGACAUGCUUAACGGGAUCUCGAAGGCUCUCAGCGUGCUCGGCGCACACGCUGAGUGCUGAACGCUCUAUUUACGUCUCAAAGUCGACGAAUCCAUACUUUAAUCUGACUUUCGAAGACUGGCUCUUCAGAAAUAAAGCACCCAAGGAUCCUCUCCUCUUGAUUUACCGCGACGAUCCGUGUGUCGUCAUCGGCCGCAACCAGAAUCCUUGGAAAGAGGUUAACUUACGCGCAGUCGAGUCUGCCGGGAUUCCUUGGAUUCGUCGACGCAGCGGAGGGGGAACUGUAUAUCAUGAUCUGGGGAACACGAACUUCUCGAUACACCUCCCGCGUUCCGCGUUUGACCGGAACGAGACGGGACAGGUCGUCCUUAACGCUGUCCGCUCCCUGGGCGUCGAUGCGGUCCUGAACGACAGGAACGACAUUUGCGUUGGCGGGGAUAAGAUACUGCUGAGCGACAUCCUUCGUCUCACGUUCCGAUACGUUUCAGGCUCGGCGUACAAGAUCAUCAGCAACCGUGCCUAUCAUCACGGUACCAUGCUCAUUUCGACGCGUCUGAGCACGUUAGGAGACGUAUUACGCGUCAACAAGCCAACACUAGAGACGAAAGGUGUAGCCUCUGUGCGCUCACCCGUCCGUAAUCUUCAACAGUAUAACUCAGAGGUAACCCAUGAAGGCUUCGUGCAGGCCAUUAUAGACGCAUUUCGAGAACAUUACAGCAUCCAAGAGGAGGCGUGUGUGAUCGAAGAGACUGAAGAAGCAAAGGCCAUUUCUUAUACUCGCGACGGCAUGGCAGAACUUCCGCGAUGGGACUGGGCUUUCGGACAGACACCAGAGUUUACUUAUACUAUCCAGAUGGACUUCUCUUGGGGAGCAGUGACUGCGAAGCUUCGCUCUAAACACGGCGUUAUUCUGGAUUGUGCCAUAGAUUCGUCAAAUGCCACGUCGAUAGAAUCAGAGUUGAAGGACUUAGGGACCAGGCUGCAAGGGCAGAAGUACGCGUUCGUCGACGAGAGUGUGCUGGGCCUGGAAGGUAACGAGAAGAAGACAGAGAUCUGGGGGUGGCUGCGCGCAGAGAUGUCUAGAUAGCUUAUUGCAACCUUCUACAGUGUUCUGAGUAGCUCUUAAAUCGCGUUUCAGGUCUGAGCGCUGAAGUUGCGUGUGUGAUACUGAGCGGGUCAGGACAGAGCGGAUUAAACGCAGUAUCACAGCAAUGUAUAAUGAAGUCUCUAUUAUCUGGUGACCUUUUCUGUAUACCAGACGCUGUUUGUAGAGAACGCUUCAGGUGCCGCAGGCUCAUCCUACGAAAAGUGAAUAG